AUGCAUUUGAUCUUAACAGGCGCCACGGGCCUUGUUGGCUCCGGAGUUCUUGAUGCCAUGCUCAAGAUGAAGGAUGUGACCAAGAUCUCGAUCCUGAGCCGGCGGCCGGUGCCAAUGGCUGACGACGCCAAAGAUCCGCGGGUCAACGUGAUAAUCAACAAAGACUUUGAGAAAUACGAUCCUACUGUCCUGUCGCAGUUGAGCGGUGCCACAGGCUGCGUAUGGGCGCUCGGCAUUAGCCAGACGCAGGUCGACAAAGAGCAAUACGUCAAGAUCACCAAGACGUUUGCAGUCGAGGCAGCAAAGGCGUUCGCGAUCUUACCACCCAAGGACGAGCCGUUUAGGUUUGUAUACGUCUCCGGCGGAGGAGCGACAGUUGAGCCCGGGAGAUUCACACAGAUAUUCGGUCGCGUCAAGGGCGAGACGGAGCUGGAGCUUGCUGAAUUGCGCAAGAACAACCCACUCCUGCAGACAAUGUCGAUGCGGGCAGGCUGGGUUGACCCCUCUGCUCAUGAAGCUAUCAAGCCGUACAUCCCUCAGCAGUUUCUAGCUCUCAGGAUAGGCGGUGCUUUGUUGGGUCCGCCGAUUCGCGCGUUCGGCCGUGACAUGCUCUGGAGCCCGACCGAGUCUCUGGGUGGUUUCCUGACAGAGAUGGCCAAGGGCACGUACGAUGACAAAUAUGUGCCUGGCAAGUACUUAUACAAGCUCGGAGACUUUCCGAUCUUGGAAAAUCCGGUGCUUUGGAGUCUGUAUGGACAGAAGGAGUAA